AUGAGGAUCCGGGGCCGGUCUGGCAGUAGUUACGCGGUGAGCUCGUUCCCGCGGCCUCGGCCCGAGCCGGCGGGACACAGCGACGCCUCCGCCCUGACACUCCCGCCCCACCGGGGCCGACCGCCCAGGCGGAGGCGGGCCUCUGCGCAGAGCGGCCAAUGGGGACGAGGCCUGGAGUCCGGGGCGGGGCGGCCGCAGCACGGCGUCCCGAGUGGCGGUUGUUUCAAGAUGGCGGACGUGGCGGGCCCCUCCCGCCCCGGCGGCGCGGCGUUCUGGACACGGGACUUUUCUGAUGAAGAACAAUCAGUAGUAUAUGUUCCAGGAAUUUCUGCAGAAGGAAAUAUCAGAUCAAGACACAAGUUGAUGAGCCCAAAAGCUAAUGUUAAAUUCAAGACUUCCAGGGUGGCUGCUGAUUCGGUCUCCAUGGAUUCUUUAAAAGGUGCAGGAGAUUCCAUAAAUGAACAGAAUUUCUGCAAGGGAGGAGUAAAGAGUGCAUCAUUGAAGGAUUUAUGUCUUGAAGACAAAAGACGCAUUGCAAAUUUAAUUAAAGAACUAGCCAGAGUGAGCGAGGAGAAGGAGGUGACUGAAGAACGACUCAAAGCUGAGCAGGAAUCUUUUGAGAAGAAGAUCAGGCAGCUGGAAGAACAGAAUGAACUGAUCAUCAAAGAAAGGGAAGCUCUUCAGCUACAGUACAGAGAAUGCCAAGAACUUCUAAGCCUCUAUCAGAAAUACCUAUCAGAACAGCAGGAGAAGCUCACCAUGUCUCUCUCCGAACUUGGAGCUGCAAGAAUGCAGGAACAACAGGUGUUCAAUAGGAAAAGCACUCUGCCGUCUUCAUCUGUGGAACUGGAUGGCUCCUACUUGAGUGUAGCCAAACCACAGACCUACUUUCAAACCAAGCAAAGGCCUAAGCCUGCAAAUCAGGAGUCAGCUCUAGAAUCCCUUGUGGAGUUCAGGAAUAAUUCUCUGAAACCAGCAGCCCUUCAUUGUCCCAAAGAGGAUCUAGACAGGGGGCCAUCGGAGACCAGAACAUGUGAAUACGGAUCCCCAAGGAAAAAACUAGCAGGUACAGUCCCUACAGAGAAAAUUCUGACAGAGGAAUUGAAGGAAUGCCAACAUCUUAAACCUACUCCAUCUAGACUGUGUUGUGGGCAUAGACUUUCUGAAAAUGAACAUCACGUUCAUGUGAGCCAUCCUACAGUCAUGGUCCCUCAAUGUUCCAAGACAGAGCCGGAAUAUUGCCAUUACUGUGGGCUUUCCUGGGCAACUCUGCUGCAUGGCCAAGGGCUACUACAACCCAGUGAAACUGAUUUCAAAAAGCAACUCUCGGAAGACAGAAGGCAGCAACUUAUGCUUCAAAAAAUGGAGCUGGAAGUUGAAAAGGAGCGCCUUCAGCACCUGCUGGCCCAGCAGGAGACAAAGCUCCUCCUAAAACAGCAGCAGCUUCACCAGUCCCGACUAGACUACAAUUGGUUGAGAACUCAAACUGCAUUUAAGUCGAAACAACUGGUGGAUGAUAAAGAACUUGCUAAGCCCGGAGAACUCAACCUGGUUACGAAUGGGAGUGACUCUAGACCAAGUUUGUUGAAAUCAACAGGUGAUGGUUGGCUGCUUGGAACAUCAUCAUCCAUCAAAAAGUACCAAGAGUUCACCACCAGUGGAGAGACUAGAAAAGAGAAGAAGACCGUUGGGUUUCAGUCACAUACGGAAGAUGAUGCCCUGCGCUCAUGUUCAAAGGAAGAUACGUAUCGACCCCAAAGAGGGACAAUGACAGGAGUUAGGAAAGAUGUGUCCACAUCUCCCAUGACAACAGAAAGCCACAAGGAGCCUGUAAGCACAACCCCAUCGUCGUUCCGACACAGCACUUCCCGGUACGAGACAUCGCUGUUGGAUUUGGUUCAGUCCCUGAGCCCGAAGUCUGCUUCCAAACCCCAGCCCCACCCCUCCAGAGAAGCCGGGACCUGGAAUCGCAGAACUUGCCGACUCAGUUCUCUAAAAUCAACCCGGAACAAGAUGGGGGCAGGCAGGACCCCUGAAGACCUGGAGGAGAAUCAAAUCCUGGAAGAUAUCUUUUUCAUUUGACGCCAAAGCACUUGCUGCAAAAUUUCCAUCAGAACCUGUGGGGUUUGUAAUAUACUGAUCUAGGAUUUUAAAAUUUUUGAUCACAAGUAAUUGUGUCUCUCCUUUCACAGGGCCCUGUCUCACUAGCAUCUGUCAUGUGUCAAAUAUAGAAAUCAUCCCGACAACCCAGGGUGUUUCUGACCAGACCAGUCAGUACAUGAAACGCACUCGGGGGAGACGGGUAGUGUCUUCUCCAGGCCGAGCGGAUAUGGGACACCAACACAGGACACUGUCUGCACGGCAGGGGCCAUCGCAUAUUCAGCUUCGUUUUGAAUUUCCUUCUCAAUAUUUUGCUGAAAAGGACCGGCUUUUUUUUUUUUGACACAAGGAAAACCUACCCACUGAAAGAUCCCUCUAAUUUAAAAGCAGCCCCUUGUAACAAGCAAUUUCAUAAGGAGAGACCCUUUUACCUCUCCACCUGUUCUCUCACCACCUGUCUCUACCUAAGUGUGGUCAUUUAACUGAAGGUGGAGUCAGGGCUGCCGUUGUCACAAGCAACACUGAAGGCCAAGUGUGAGUCAGGCUCAGUAGUCAUCAUCCUGGCAGGUGCUCCCCCGGUAAGCAAAAGGGCUCAGUGGGCUAAAGAGAGAGAGGGACCCGCCCCCCAGCCCUGGGAAACUGGGAGGGACCCGCCCCCCAGCCCUGGGAAACUGGCAUUAAAUCACACAAAAGUGACUACACUAGUGGAGGCAGAAGCCUGAAACACUUUUCCCACCAUCCAUCAAUUUUCCUGAAUAGGUAAGAGCAAUCUCUCAGUAUUUUCUGUUGACCUGAGUGUCCAUUUCACUUGCCCUUGUGAACUUCCCACGGUUGUGUCUGGAGGAGGUGCUAUUCGAGGGGCAGUAGCAUCAGCUCCGGCCGGCUGAUGGGCUUUCCCCAGCCCCUCCUCUUUUCCCGGUGUAUCCAAGGCCCAGGGUUGACCAGGCUUCGGGUAUGCCCUGCCCAGGGCUACUGUUCCGUGCCUCCAAAGAAUCUCCACUGCCCCCAAGCAGAGCCUCCCCUGCUUCCCACCAGGCCUCACUUUGACCCCAAGAAAGCCUACGGGAGAAUUAACAUUUGAGCUCACUCUCUGUUCAGCAGAGCUCAUGAGCUCGUCCUCCAGCUGACAGCGGGCUCCAGUGGCCUCUCAGCCUGUUGGGCUGUGUGUGGACCUCGUAGCACCAGUGAGUUUAAAAUGUUCCAGCUGUUGGAAUGAGGGGACGCACGUCGUCCCAGAUGUGCAUUACUUGAUGACUUUGAUCUGGAUGGCGUUGCUUUUAUUUUCUCUCUUUUUCACCAACCCCAGGCUUGAACUAGGACCAGGCAUCUGUCAUCCAACCAAGGUCAGACCCCCUAGCCUGCAUGGCUUCCCUGAAUUCUUUAUCGAAACUAGGUUAUUCCGGCCUACAAAAGCCUUGCUGAGUAGCUUCCUUGUCUAGAGAGCUCUAAGUCUCAUUGUCUCUUCAGGCCAGGCCCUAUCACCGCUCUGCAGCCUUCUGCACUUGGGCUCUUUUGUUCUUUGGAGGAGAGGAGAAUGGCGCCUGCCACUACCAUACCCUUGAUCCAAAGUACAUGGAAGGUCAGGGCUCACCAGCUGUAGCCAUUCACCUAAAAAGUUGAAAAGUCAUUGCAGAUGACAGUACCCUUUUCAAGUUCGCCCUGGUGAGAGUAAGCUUCAUCCCAUUUCAGAAAGCUUUUUGAAAACGAAAUUUUCUUUGGUGUAAUAAAACUGGGGGGCCAUCUUCCCAGUUAAAGGCAGGUCUCCAGGACCAUGUUUUUCUUGCCCUGCGUAUCAUAACUGCCCAUCUCACACCCACGUCCCCGCGGUCGUCCGUAGCUGCACUCUCACGUCUGGGCAGCGGCGUUCUUCCUGCCCCCAGAGGGGCGGCCAGAGGACGGGCCCCGACGAGAGCUGUGCUUUCUUUCAGAAAGAAGCUUGUUUGCCUUUAAAGGAUCACAAGCAAGCUCUAAACUGAAGGCUUUGGGGGUCACAGGCCACAGAAUGCAGUUUCAUUGUUUCUUUACUUCCCCUGAAUGAGCAGUUUGGAAGAGCAAAGAUAGGUUUUCAGCAGAGCCUCAGUCAAAAUGUUUCACGUGCCACAUCCCUCCAUGAUUUGCCUUUCUCUGUCCUGUAGGCAUUUCCUGGGCGAAUUUGUGUCUACGCUAACGUUUUCAUUAUCAAUUGAAGUGUGUAUGUUAAGAUUUUAAUGUGUCUUACUUUGAGAUGUGUAUAUGUACGCAUAUGUAUAUAUAUACGUGUAUGUGUGUGUAAAUGAAAAGCCUGGGAGCUUAACUGCAGACUGACCUGCCAAGAGAGGCCUGGCACACAGGAAUCUGCCCUUCCUCUCUGUGAAGUGACCGGUUGGGAUCUGCUUGCCCAGCCUCCAGCCACUUCCCCAAAACAAGACUGGACACAGAUUGGAGGUGCUGCAGG